CUUCCUUAUGAUUCUUGAACAUUUCUUUCUGUAGGAUACAAACAGGGGAGGCGCAAGGGUGCGAGGUCGUGGAGGAAGACGUGAACCACUUGGAAGAGGAAAACCUGAGAGUGAUGCCACUGAUGAUGUUGAAGACUACAGAAUCAGGCAACCAUCAGAGCCAGCUUUAUGGGACUUUCUCUCGACAAAAUUUCCAGCAGUAAAAGAUACAAAAUAUCAGAGACCACCAAAGUCAACAGAAAACCAUAAAACUGAUGAAGCCCAACAUGAAAGACCUCCACCUAGACCACCACCCUUGAAGCAAGAUGACGUGCAAAAGCCAAAGCAGCAUAAGCAGGAUUCUAGAGCUGAGAAAUCUGAGAAUAUUUCUCCCCCAAGACAACAGCAAGGUGAUGCACAGGGCGACUAUGCCACACCAAGAGAGGUUGAGAAACCAAAACCGGAAAUGACAUUACAGCACCGAGAUGGAAGACAGCAAUCCAAACAACCAAGGGAACAGUAUUAUAAACAACAGCAGAACCCCGGGCAGAUGAAGGGAAAAGGUUCUAGAAGGCAUGAUCAUGAUUCUAGACCAUACAAUCAGAGUUUACCACCAAGGCUUCAGAAGAAACAACAACAGCAGCAACAGCAACGCCAACAGCACCAGCAGCAACACCAUCAUCAUCAGCAUUAUCAACAUCACAGUCAGCAGCAGGGUACAGAGGUGAGCAAUGACGAGGGUGAAACUGAAUAUUCCACUGCAGCAAGUCCACCGUCUGUAGCUCAGGAAGAUGAUGCUAUUGUGAGAUUUAGUGCGGCAUCAGUUGGCCAUGAGUAUGCAGAGGAACAAGCUCCAAGCCAAAUUCCGCAGCCUUUACAGUUUCAGGAGCCUCAGGGGAGUUCAUACACUGGUCAGCAGUAUGCCACACAGGGUAAGUGGCAGAAAAACUACCGCCAAGGAUCCGACCAGUUUAGACCUCAAAGCCUUACACCUCCUAAUGUACAACAACAACAGCAGCAGCACCUUGAGUUUGUUACCAUGGCUAUGGAAUCCCAGCGUGCACAGACACAAUUUGUUGUCAGUCAGCCUCAACAGUUCGUGGAACGAGGAGGGAGAGAGCAGUCAGAGAUGAGCAUGCCACAGGAAUACCAGUAUACACAGGCCCAACCCCCAGUCCAGGCAUAUCCUGUGUAUCAACUCCGCCCUGCUCAAAUGGCACAACAACCAAUGGCUCCUCAGCCAACUAUACCUCAGCAGCCAGUAGCCACACAGAUGCCAGCAGCACAGGUGGGAUGGAAAAAAGGUGACCACUGUUUGGCUCCAUGGAGGGAUGGACAGUUUUACAGUGCCAAGAUGGAGGAGCUAGUGGCUGAUGGUGUACAUUGCAUGGUUUCUUUCCUGGAUUUUCACAAUAGUUGUGAUAUUGUGCCUCUCUCAUCUCUAAGGCCUUUUCCAAUUAUUGCCUGGGGAGAAAGUGGUAGUGCCCAGCCUCAGCCUGCUGGUGCUGUUGCUACAGUGCCUUAUUAUGCACAGCCUCCUCCCGUUGGUAUGGUGGCCAGACCCCAGGUUGUCAUCCCUGUGACUGGGCAGCCUCCUUUCCAUGCUGUGACAAGGCCUACCAUUGUUCAUUCUACCCCAGUUCCCACUCAAGUACAUUGGCAGCCAGCUCAGGUCCAGUACCAGGAAGUAAGACCAGCAGCUUUCCAGCCUGUAGUGCACUAUGGAGCUGUACCACAGACAUCCUCAGGGGGCCCUACUCAGGCAGCAUAUGGAGUACCCACUGGUGCUGGGGUACACUAUGCUAGGGGUGUGAAGGAUACCCAAGUACAAGAUGUCUACAGUAAGAGUCCUGAAGGAGGCAGAGGAAGAUCAAGUCCAAAUUCCAGUGGUUAUUCCAAACCAAGAAGACCUAACAGAGCAACACAAAGUUAUUAUGUGCCACCAAGACAGGCAAAAUUCAAAGACAAAGGCUAGUUAAAAAAGUUAUUUUAACUGGAAAGUAUAGUUCUGUUAAAUAUUAGAAUUAUAUAUCAUAAUCAUUAUAUCAAUAAUUAAUAGAAAAUAUGCAGUAUAAGAUUUGCUUUACCUGGUUGAUGUAUUAUUGCUUAAAGGGGCACCCCACUGUCAUCUUUUUGAAGUGUGACUGAUCCAGGAUUCUUUUCACUGGAACAAAACCCACAGUUAAAGUUUGUAAUCCAGUUUAAUAUGAAGAUACCAACUUUUCGGUGUAAUUUUCAUUUUCAGGUAUUUUUUCACCAAACGUAAUAACUGUACAUUCUGAUUUUUGAGGUGUCCUUCAGUUUUGAGGUAAUUUUGAAUACUCUGUAGAGCAAUGGACUCUUUAGAAGACAUUUUUCACCUGCUCAGAGUUCGUGUUUACAUGGCAGGGCUCAUACAACAGAGAUCAUGGAAUUCCAUGAGUUUUCAGGGUACAAAUAUGACAUUCCAGGAGCUAGAACUGAAAAAAAUGUGUGGUGUAAAUGUUUAAAAAAUCAUAUUAUUAUGCUUUUUGUGCAACUGACUGUGUUUGUAAAAAGAUUGCGAACCUUCAAUUCUUAAAACACAAUUUGAGAAUUCCAGAUACUCUCUACCAGUAGGUUGAUAGGACCCAGGAAGAAAAUUUUAAAAUCCUAGAAAUCUUCCUACACCGGCAUAACAGCACAACACAUUUUAUGGUUCAGCUGGGUAAAGCAAGUCUUUUAUAGCAGCAUUGUUGUUGGUCAGCACAAAAAAAUAAAUGUGAUGCUAAGACUCUAGGUUCAUUUACAUGUAGCAAGCUAACUUUCUGAUUGGCUUACAGAAAACAAAUUAUUGAAAGACCUGAAAGGGUUUCCUAGCUUGUAAAUGAGAUACAAAUAGCAUUGCAGAGUAGAAUGAUAAUUAUUAACAUCUAACAUUUUUAUUUCCAAAAUGAGAUGUGAUUAAAGAAAAAAAUUAAUGGUCCGACAAGUGAACUUCACAUUGAAUGUUACUCAAGAACACCGAUUUUCUUAGAGACUUCCAAAAGAUAGAUUGAAUAAAACAAAGUAAAUUACUAUUAUCAUAAUAUGAUCAUGAAGAUAGCAAGUCAUGGAAUUAAGCAAAACAUGUAUUGAAAGGUUUCAGUUUUAAACCCUUUAAGCCCCAAACAUCAUCAUCAUCAUUAUAAGCUCAUGCAAAAUCCUUACCAAGUUGUUUAAGACCAGGGUAGCCUGUGUUACAGCUGCCCCACCCCCCACCCCCGUGAAAUAAAAAAAAUCAUGGAGUGUCUAAAUGUUACCGUUGAUAAUCAGGUUCAAGGCCAUGUGGUUUAUCCAGGAAUUUGUCCAAAAUGAUGCGAUUGGUUGAUCUAACUCUUAGUGACUGAGAUUUAGAAUUUUGAAGUUUACAAGUUGGACUGAUUAACUAACUAAAGGUAAUCAGCAUAUUUUAAUGAAGAUAAUGUUAUUUUGCAAGUGGUCUGUUUUUCAUCGGUGAACUUUCAAAGGUCAUUAGCUGUCUCAUGCAAAGGUCUCACAUGCACAGGGUAAGUUCCUUUGUGGUGUCAGUCUGUCACAUCAGUUGUUGUGACACUGAAAUGAUUUUAAUGCAUGGACAGUUUAUGCAAGGAACAGGAUUAUAAAUGGAAACACACAAGUGAUUUCUCCAAUUUUUUCUUUUGGGGAGGCAGCUGGAACCCAGGUUAGCCCAGGGCUUACAACACGGCAUUUUUAAAACUGUAAUUAUUUGUAAGAAUUUGUAUGUCGAUUUGGGGAAAAUUCUCUUUUCUCCGGGGAUAAACUGUAAAGCAUCUGUUUUGUCAAGUCUUAUUUUGCCCAGUUAUUCCAUGUAUAACUACUACUAUAUCAUUACUACAACAAAUGUAGCAAAAGCCUU